AUGAAUACUGGAAGUUCCCAAGAUUCAAUACCAAUUGAAAAUAUUUCGUUGGGCUUGUCAACGUCACCAUUGAAUACGAUAUCCAGUGGUGGCAGUGAUUCAACAAUUGGUCAUUUAAAUACACCACCAACAACUAGAGUCAGAUCAGGAUCAUUAUUUUCAAUUUGGAAUGAACCCAGUCUCAGCCAUAAUAGUAAUAAUACCAGUAAUGGUCAUGAAAUGGCCACAAGCACUUCGAGAAACCGUUCCUAUACAACUACUGGUGCUCUUCCUAGUAUUACUAUUGAUUCAUUUUCUGAAUCGCUACAAAAAUCAUCUGCACCUCGAGUGUCAACAUCUCCGUUUAUUUCUGUCCCAAACAAUGACAUGAUAGUAUUGGAUAAUUUUCAAACUAAUCUUCCUCGAUUACGUUCACAAACCAUAUCUGGUACCCCAAUAAGUUCUCAAAAUACAUUGCCACACCCAUCAGAGUCUUUGAAUGCUCCUCAUCAUUUCCCUCAAGUGUUUGAAACAGUGUCACUGAAUCCAUCGUCCGCAUCAGUAUUACCAUUUAACCAACUGCCGCAAUUGUUUGAUGACGUUGAUUUCACUCGUUUUUUGAUAACAACAAGCUUCGAUAAUCCAAACUUGGGACCUACAAAAUACUUGUUGUUUGAUAAUUUGCCCUUGAUUAUUAAUGCUCUGAAACUAUUUGGAAUACUUUCGAAUUCGUUGAACCAAAGAAUGGGCAGUAUCCAUGGAAUUAGAAUUACUACUACUACUACGUCCAAAUUAGCAUUGGUUGAAUGUACAAGCAUUGACACUGCUAUGUCAUUGAAGGCUAGCUUUAAUCAUUUAGAACUUGUACCAGGGAAUAUAUUAUAUGUUGCCUUUGCCAAAGUCGAUGAUGUACAAAGUAUUGGCCAACAACGAGUUCGUUCACAACAUCCACAACAAUUGGUCACCUCACCUGCUCAACCAUUACCACAGUUACAACAACAGCAUCAGCCAUUACCGCUACCACAACUUUCCCCUAACCACAAUACGAAUCAUACUCAUAAUCACAACCAUAAUCAUAACCACCAACAACCACAACUUGUACAACACAGUUUGCCUGAUAAGUCGGAAAGCCCUGAUCCAACUGACAUUUUAUCGAUACAACAGAAUCUUAUGAAUUCAAUUGCCAAAUUGUCAUCAACAGUUGACAGUAAGAAGAUUGAAUCACUCAUCAAUAAAUGUAUUGCUUACUCAAAUGAUCAAUAUCAGAGUGAUUUUGGUCCAUUACCAGAUCCAAUCCCUUUACGAAAAUUUGAUUCACCUACGUUGCGCGAUUUGCGUAAAGUAUUAGAAAACAAUGAGGCACAAUUGAUUGGUCAAAAUGUUGAUGGAGGGGAAGUUAUGUCAUCCUUUGAAUUAGAAGAAUUCUGUCUUGCCAUGCUUGAUGAAUUGCCAGAAUUGAGUUAUGAUUAUUUGGGUAACACAAUUGUACAGAAAUUGUUCACUCUUGUUGAAUCACCAUUGGUUAAGUUGAUGAUGGUCAAAGAAGUUGCUCCCUAUUUAACACAAUUGGGAAUCCAUAAAAAUGGGACCUGGGCAAUUCAAAAAAUCAUUAAUUUAUGCCAUUCAGACUACCAACAAAUGAAUCUUAUUGGGGCCAGUCUCAAGCCUUAUGCGGUUAAAUUGUUUAAUGAUCAAUUUGGAAACUAUGUGAUUCAAGGUUGUAUUAAGUUUGGGUCUCCAUUCAAUGACUUUGUGUUUGAAGCCAUGUUAGACAAUUUCUUGGAGAUCAGUGUAGGGAGAUUUGGCGCUCGUUGCAUUCGUACUGUAUUGGAAAGUUGUCACGAUUCAAGUAGUACUUCUCCUGUGACAAAUGAACAAGUUUUAUUGGUGGCAGGUUUGAUUAUAGAAUUUGCUAAUGAAUUAGCUGUCAAUUCCAAUGGGUCGUUGUUGAUUACUUGGUAUUUGGAUACUUUUAAAGAUUGCGAUUCGAAAAUUGAACUAUUAAUGUCAAAGUUUUUACCAAAUAUAAAGACACUUUGUGUACAUAAAUUGGCCAACUUGACAGUAUUAAAAAUUUUGAAUAAUAGAGUUGAUGAUAAAUCAAGAGUGACUACAAUGGAUGCCAUUUUCAACAAUAAAGAAACUUUGGAAUAUAUUUUACAAGAGAGUGACAACAGUAAUACCACUGCUGGCCCGCUUUUCAUUUAUAAAAUUUUGAGCAAUCCUAUUUUGGCCGACUUGGUCAACCAACAUGUCCCCACCAUACGUAAAAUUUUAAUGGAAUUGAAUAUAGUUAAUUUCCAAAACUAUAAGAAAUUAAUGGAUGAGGUUGGUAUUUCAAGUACUAGAAUUGGCAGAAAUGGCAGUACAAAAAGAAAUGGUACUUUUAAUGGCAAUAGAAGAGGAGGGAGUAUGAGAGGAAACAAGCAGGAUGGAUAUAUUGCACCGCCGCCACCGCCGCCACCACCACCACAACAGCAACAGUACUUUGUGCAAGGAAUUCCCAAUCCACAAGGUCAACAUUCACCAAUAAAACCACAACUUCAACCACAACAACAGCAGCAACAACAGCGUCUGGGCUCCCCGCCAUUCCAAAACAGGUACAUUCCAAUGCCACAAGUCCCGCUGCAAUAUAACAAUGUCACACCACAAAUGUAUAUGAAACAAAUGUAUGCUCAACAACAAGCACAAAUCCAACAACAAUUUUAUUUACAACAACAGCAGCAGCAGCAACAGCAACAACAACAACAACAACAGCAACAGCAAAUGCUGCCACAAGAGUUUGCAGUUAUGCAACAAUUAGAACAGUUAUCAUUGAGUUCAGCUGCAUUGGGAUAUAACUCUAAUCCUGGAACUCCAACUUUGCAAAGACAUCUGUUCACUUAA